CAAGAAACGUGCGGUUAGGGUUGAAUGUUGAUUAUGAUUAUUUUUUAAAUGUUCACACCUAAUUUUACAUAGAUUACAAUGCAGUUUUAUUUGGAAACACCUCUAUUUAUAGUAUUUUAUGUAUCACUAUUUUUGCCAGUAACUUUUUUCUUGUUAACCAUAUACUACAUGAAAAAAAAUGAAUUUUACACGAAAGUGAAUUGUUGGUUUUGUAAUACCAGUUCAAGUGUACUUUAUAAAGAUAGAAAUAGUUUUGAAUGCAUUCAUUGCACCCAAUAUAAUGGUUUUAAGGAAGAUGGGAGCUACAAUAAAGUCAUAAAAGCACAACAUGAUAUUUCUGGUACUAAAUUCACUAGCCAAAAGACUGAAUAUUAUGAAAAUGGGUUGUGUACUUACUGUAAUAAUAAUCAACAACUGAAGAUUUAUCAACUGGCCAAGUUUACCCCAAUAAAUGAAGAUAACUAUGACAUUGAAGUUGAACAUUUCAGGAAACAACUGGAAAAAGCAUAUAAGCUGUGUAAAAAAUGUGAUCAAACAUUAAAAACCACUUUAAAUAGGAAACAUUCAUGGUUAUUUGGUAACAGGCUAAAAGACUUAAAAAGAAGAGGAUUUGCUUAUCUUAAUCAAGCUAAAGUAUCUAAACAAGUCAAUGAGUCAAUUUUCUUAAAAUUUCUAAGAGUUUCAUUAAUAAUUUCUGCUGCCUACAUUGUUUGCAAUAUUUUACAUAUUAGAAUCGUUUAUCCACAAAUUAACAUAAAUAAAUAUCUACCACAAGUGUUCAGUCCUUACAAAUCAAUUAUACUGGAUUAUUACAAUGAAAUUACUAAUCAUUGGACAGCACUUAGCACUGAAAUAUACAAUUUAAACUCAUAUUUUAACAAUUACAUUAAGAUUAAUAUUUCUAGAUUGACUGUUGUAAGUUUUAUAAGUUUUAUUUUUGAUUUGAUAUUGUCAUUUGGAAAGAAAAUACCAUUGAUUUGGAAGAUAUACUGUUCAAUUAGCUGGAUAAUCAUGUCUACAACAUUGGCUAUUACUUUUAGCCAUAUGUAUGGUACAUAUAUUUCUUUUCUACAGGUGAGCUCCUUGUUGAUAUUUAUAUAUAUUUUUUUUAUGAAGUGA